AUGAUGAUCAUUACUACUAUCCUUUGUAUAUUAAUCGUUUUUGCAAAUGCUCGAUGGACUGAAAAUGAUUGUGGUAAACGUCCAAUAGAACCUUUUCUUGCUAAUAAUGAUACAGUUGUCGGUGGAAUUCAAGCCAUGCGUGGUGAUUGGCCAUGGUCUUGUUCUAUGCGUUAUAAUGGACGUCAUAUCUGUGGCGGAUCUCUUAUAAAUACCAAUUGGAUCGUUUCUGCUGCACACUGUGUUACGUCGACCUUACCAACUGCUUAUAUUUGGUAUUGUGGUGGUCAUGAGUUACAAGUUAAUGAAACAUAUACACAAGUAGUUCAUACAAAAAGAGUUAUUCCACAUUCAGCAUAUGAUAGUCAAUUGAUUCGAAAUGAUAUAGCACUUUUUGAACUUAUUAGUCCAGUCAUACUUACUGAUUAUGUUCUACCUGUUUGCUAUCCUUCUAUAAAUGAUACCUAUGAACAUGAAAUAUCUAUGGCUACAGGUUGGGGAACACCGGUUGUAGGUGGUAAUCUGUCGAAUGUUCAUAUGGAAGUUGAAAUGCCAGUUUUAACUGAUACGGCGUGCAAAGAUAAAUAUAGACAAUUUGGUAAUAUGCUAGAUAUUACAACCCAAAUCUGUGCUGGUAGAAAGGAAGAAGGCAAAGAUACUUGUCAAGGUGAUUCAGGUGGCCCAUUAAUUGUUAGACAUACUGAUAACGAUUGGUAUUUAAUUGGUUUAACAUCAUGGGGUCUUGGUUGUGGUGAAGGUGGUGUUUAUACUCGUACUUCAGCCUAUCGUGAUUGGGUUUUAUCAUAUACUGGUUCACUACCGAACAGUCCGGUUUAA